AUGCAGCUUCCUCUCUUGAUCAAGAUGCUUCCUCUCUUCAUCAAGAUGCUUCCUCUCUUGAUCAAGAUGCUUCCUCUCUUGAUCAAGAUGCUUCCUCUCUUCAACAAAGUGAUUCCUCUCUUCUUCAAAGUACUUCCUCUCUUGAUCAAGAUGCUUCCUCACUCCAUCAUGCAGCUUCCUCUCUUGAUCAAGAUGCUUCCUCUCUUGAUCAAGAUGCUUCCUCUCUUCAUCAAGAUGCUUCCUCUCUUCAACAAAGUGCUUCCUCUCUUCUUCAAAGUACUUCCUCUCUUGAUCAAGGUGCUUCCUCUCUUCUUCAAAGUACUUCCUCUCUUGAUCAAGAUGCUUCCUCUCUUCAACAAAGUACUUCCUCUCUUGAUCAAGAUGCUUCCUCACUCCAUCAUGCAGCUUCCUCUCUUCUUCAAAGUGCUUCCUCUCUUGAUCAAGGUGCUUCCUCUCUUCAUCAAGAUGCUUCCUCUCUUCAACAAAGUACUUCCUCUCUUCAUCAAGAUGCUUCCUCUCUUCAUCAAAGUACUUCCUCUCUUGAUCAAGGUGCUUCCUCUCUUCAUCAAGAUGCUUCCUCUCUUCAUCAAGAUGCUUCCUCUCUUCAACAAAGUGCUUCCUCUCUUCUUCAAAGUACUUCCUCUCUUCAUCAAGGUGCUUCCUCACUCCAUCAUGCAGCUUCCUCUCUUGAUCAAGAUGCUUCCUCUCUUGAUCAAGAUGCUUCCUCUCUUGAUCAAGGUGCUUCCUCUCUUCAUCAAGAUGCUUCCUCUCUUCAACAAAGUGCUUCCUCUCUUCUUCAAAGUACUUCCUCUCUUCAUCAAAGUGCUUCCUCUCUUGAUCAAGGUGCUUCCUCUCUUCAUCAAGAUGCUUCCUCUCUUCAACAAAGUGCUUCCUCUCUUCUUCAAAGUACUUCCUCUCUUGAUCAAGGUGCUUCCUCUCUUCUUCAAAGUACUUCCUCUCUUGAUCAAGAUGCUUCCUCACUCCAUCAUGCAGCUUCCUCUCUUGAUCAAGAUGCUUCCUCUCUUGAUCAAGAUGCUUCCUCUCUUGAUCAAGGUGCUUCCUCUCUUCAUCAAGAUGCUUCCUCUCUUCAACAAAGUGCUUCCUCUCUUCUUCAAAGUGCUUCCUCUCUCCAACAAAGUGCUUCCUAUCUUCAUCAAAGUACUUCCUCACUACAUCAUGCAGCUUCCUCUCUAA